UAGCCCUGACGCUAGCAGUCCUCAUCACAACAUGCACCACAUAAGAUUACAAACCGUGGUGUCAGGUUAACACAGAUGUUGCUGUAUCUCACUAGUGACUGGGAAAAACACGACACGGAACAGUUUGUUACAGUUGUGUCUGUGAUCCUGAGUGAGCGGCAGCUCAGAGCAGUUCCAGUCAGAGCUCCAGAAUCUGGGAGGAAACACUUUUGAUGGAGGAAGAAAGAAAUGAAAACCGGAGUGAAGCAAUAAAUUCUUCAUCACACCAGGAAAAUACUCAAGAAGCAAGUAGAACUAUUUCUGCUAUGCAAGCUGUAGAAGCCAACAGUGUACCCACGCAGUCUCUCCCCUCUCUGCUGCCAGAGGUUCUCUCUGCUGUUCUGCAUCCAGAUGUGCCCCCAGGUCCCACCUCGGACCCCCCCGGCCCCCCCCAGGCCCCCCCAGGUCCCACCUCGGCCCUGCAACCAAGUAGAGACCCUGACAAAAACGCCCCCCCAAACUUGAAGCGACUGCAGACGGAGCUGAGAGACCUGAGGGACCAGUUAGAGCAGAUGAAGAGUCAGCACAAUAAAGAAAUUAAGCUGCUAAUGAAUGAGCUUGAUGAAGAGAAGAGAAUUCGCUUAACUUUACAGAUGGAAAUUCAACGGAUCAAGAAGCACAUGUCCAAAUGAGCGGACGGAUCUUCAGGGAAGAAAAGGAGAUUCUGAAAUUAUAAAAAGCAUUUUGUAAACUUACCAGAUGAAUGUUGGUAUGUAAGUUUUUAAAAAUGACACUCACUCCUUUCUGAUAAAAAAAAUUAUCAGAUUAUUUUGAAAAUAAAUCUGACAUGUUGGAGCUGCCAGGGUACUGAAUCCUGCUGGAGCUGCAGAGGAGGCUGAGUGAGGUCAGAGGUCAGAGGUGCAGCAGGAUCUUCCCUGGGGGUGGGAGCUCUGCAGGCCUCUCACACCUCACUUUUUAUAUAUAUAUAUAUAUAUAUAUAUAUAUAUAUAUAUAUAUAUAUAUAUAUAUAUAUAUAUAUACUUGUUAUAUAUGCGUCUCCAUCUGAAUCUCCUUACCCAGUGUGUCUUUAACAUCCCUCAGGGGAGAGACUGUCUUGCUAAUACUAUUUUGAGUUGUUCAUGAAGAGAAAAUACUGUUCUGAGGUUUUUCUUCUGUCUAGUUCUUUUCAUGAAGAUGAGAAAGUGAACAGUUGUUUUUUUACAAGACAGAAUUGUAAUUUGUUGUUUAUCAUAAUGUGAUAUUGAGGAACCGAUAAUAUGAGACACCAGUUGAUUUUCAGCUGUACAAUUUGCUGCUGUCAAAUAAUGAACUGGAUGUCAAGGUGAAGGAGCGUUGCAAACAUGUUGCCUACUAUUUUGUGGAUUUCUAUUUACAAUUAAGGAUAAAGUCCAUAUGCAAAAAAAUUAAAUUUAAAAAAAAGUAAUUUUACAACUUAAUGACUUUGGUAUGGCAUCUCUUUGUCUUAUCUGAAUUUCCCUCGGGAGGAAUAAAGUUAUCUAUCUAUCUAUCUAUCUAUCUAUCUAUCUAUCUAUCUAUCUAUCUAUCUAUCUAUCUAUCUAUCUAUCUAUCUAUCUAUCUAUCUAUCUAUCUAUCUAUCUAUCUAUCUAUCUAUCUAUCUAUCUAUCUAUCUAUCUAUGGACAUUUGUUAUUGUCUUGUUUUAGCAAACUGAAGUGCGCAUGAAAUAAAGACUCACUCUCAAUCUCAAUGGAGCUGGAUGAUUUUUCAAAUGAUCACACUGAAAUGUUUCGAGACUUUCAUUUUCUUUACAAGUAAAACGCAAAC